AUGUCCGCUUACUCUGACACAACUUUCAGAGCAAACGAUUACAAUUCGUUCAGACCAACUUAUUCUAAUGAUGUGUUCAAAUUCAUCAACCAAUAUCACACUGGUGGUCAUGAUUUAGCUGUUGAUUUGGGAUGUGGUCCUGGUCAAGCCUCUUAUCCAUUGACUGAAUAUUUCAAGAAAGUUAUUGGUACUGAUUUAUCACAAACUAUGAUUAACGCUGCCAAUGGUAAAAGAACAGAUGAAUAUAAAGGAAAGAUUGAGUUCAGACAAAGUCCAGGUGAAUCGUUGUCAUUUUUAGAAGAUAACUCAGUGGAUUUAUUCACAGCUGCUCAAUGUGUUCAUUGGUUUGACCAUGAUAACUUUUUCAAGGAAAUUAAUAGAGUUUUAAAACCUGGUGGAACUUUAGCUUAUUGGGGGUAUGUUGAUCCAGUGUUCAAUGUUCCUGAAGCUGAUAAGAUCGUGGAUGAUUACACUUAUGAAGACCCAACUAAAUUAGGCCCAUAUUGGGAACCUGGUCGUUUUAUUCUUAGAAAGCUAUUGAAAGAUGUCCAACCACCACAAGAACUGUUUGAUGAUAUUAAAGUUUACGAAGACAAACCAGGAGUUCCUUCAAGUCAACAAUCACCAUUGCAAAUCAAGAGAGAAAUACCAUUAGAAUUUUAUCAAAAAUAUGUUCAAACUUGGAGUUCAUACCAUUCAUGGAAAAAGGCUAAUCCAGAUGCGCCAGAUGUUUCUGACCAACUAAUUGAAGAGUUGAAGGCCAAAGUCAAGUGGAAUAACAACACUAAAGUCAACAUUCAGUGGCUCACAGUCUUGAAAUUGGCUAGAAAGAGAUUAAAAUAG